AUGAAGCUGUCAUCAUCACAAGAUCGUCCAAAUUCAGACCCUAACCCUAUUUUUUCCUCUUCAUCAUCAUCACCAUCUUCUACAGCUAGGUUUUCACCUUAUAUGACAAGGAAUUCAUCUUUCAAUUUUUUCUCUUCACCGGCCUUCAUUGUUGAUGAGAAGAUGGGAAAGAAUCAUAACAGAGAGUCCUUGCUUAAAGCAGAAGAGUUGACAGGUUGUACAACAAGAAAUGAUUAUAGGGUUUGGAAAACCAAAGAGUUUGUUAGGUUGGACACGAACAAGAGUUUGCUCCAAGAAGCCGCAGUGGAAGAUUUGGAUCUAGAGCUUAGACUUGGUUAUUCUUAG